AUGGAGCUGAGGAAGAGCGCGGAACCGCUCCCAGGGCGAGCGGUGGCUCUCAUCCUGCUGCUCCUUUGCGUGUCGGGGAUGAGAGCAGAAACCGCCCUGUACUCGGUGCCCGAAGAGGCGGAGAGAGGCUCCUUUGUGGCGAAUAUCGCUAAGGAUUUGGGACUGACGGGUGAGGAAUUAUCGGCUCGACAGGCUCGGCUCGUUCCUGACGGAGAAAAGCAGUAUUUACAGUUGAACCAACACACCGGGGAUUUGGUGGUGCGAGAGCAGAUGGACCGGGAGGAGCUGUGCGGGCAGACUGAGCCCUGCCUGGUGCGUUUCGAGGUGCUGCUGGAGAGCCCACUGCAGUCCUUCCGAGCUGAGGUAAGCCUCACCGACAUAAAUGAUCAUGCUCCCGUGUUCUUAAAUAAAGAGAUAGUUUUAAAGAUCCCGGAAAGUGCAAUGCCGGAGGCUCGAUUUUUGUUGGAAAGCGCUCAGGAUCCAGAUGUGGGGAACAACAGUCUUCAGCAUUACAAUAUCAGCUCGAACGACUAUUUCCAUAUCUACACCCGGAGGCGGAGUGAUGGCAGGAGGUACGCCGAGCUGGUGUUGGACCGAGCCCUGGACCGGGAGCAGCAGGCAGAAGUGACUUUCAGUGUCACGGCUGUGGACGGUGGGUCUCCACCGCGCUCUGGUACAGCCUUAAUCCGCGUGGUAGUCCUGGAUACAAAUGACAACAUCCCGGUAUUUACCCGUAGUCUGUAUAAAGUCCGAGUAUUAGAAAACAGCGCCGAGGAUACCCCAGUGGUGGUGGUGUCUGCUAGCGAUUUAGACUCAGGAACGAAUGGGGAAAUAGUUUAUUCCAUAGUUCAAAACUCAGAGGAAAAUCUCCAGACGUUUAAAAUAAAUCCAGAGACAGGGCAGAUUGGACUCAAAAAGACGGUGGAUUAUGAAGAAACAAAGACCUACGAGAUAGACGUCCAGGCCACAGACGGAGGGGGUCUGUCCGCGCACUGUAAGGUGGAGGUGCAGGUGGAGGACGUGAACGACAACGCCCCCGAGGUGGUCAUCACCUCCCUCACCAGCACCCUCUCGGAAGCCGCCCCGCCGAACACCGUGGUGGCCCUCUUCAACGUGCGGGACCGGGACUCAGGGGACAACGGCAGGACGAGCUGCGAGCUGCCGGGCGAGCAGCCCUUCAGCAUCACGCCGCUGGCGGCCGACGCGUACGCACUGGUGACAUCGGAGGCGCUGGACCGGGAGGAGGUGGCAGAGUACAACGUGACGGUGCGGGCCCGCGACGAGGGCUCCCCCGCGCUCUCGGCGUCCAAGACGCUGCUCGUGCGGCUCUUGGACGUGAACGACAACGCGCCCACCUUCGCCCAGGCAGUUUACACAAUGGUGCUGAGCGAAAACGAGCCCGCGGGGACAAGCCUGGGCCGUCUGAGCGCCACGGACGCGGACGCGGGAAAAAACGCCCGCGUGAGAUAUGCGCUGGAGCCGCCCCCGCCGGGCGCACCCGCCGCUGCAUCCUUCGUGUCCGUGGACACGGAGCGUGGAACCCCGCCGCGCUCCGCCACCGCCACCCUCGGCAUCGCCCUGGUGGACGGCUUCCCCGACGCCUUCCUCCAGCUCAACCACGCUCCUGCGGGGAGGCCGCAGCAGCAGCCGCAGGCGGGCGAGGAGGAGGACCUGCUCACCGCCUACCUCAUCGCCUCCCUGGGCUGCGUCUCGUCGCUCUUCCUCCUGUCCGUCCUCGCCUUUUCGGCGGCCAAGCUCUGCAAGGCUCGCCUCCGGGCACGCCUUUCGCCCCCCUCUGCCCGCUGCUACGCUGACGGCGACUUCGCCACCGGCGGCGCGGACGUGGCCGGCGCGGGCACUCUCUCGGCGGCUUACCGCUACGAAGCGUGCCUGACCACCGGCUCGGGGGGCAGCCACUUUCCGUUCCUGCGGAUCCGCGAGACGGAGGCUGUCCGCCGCCCCGACAUGGCGAUCGCAAGGCAAGUGCUUUGUCUCUCUGCUUUCCUCUCCCUGCCGCACGCUCGCGCCGAGCCCAUCCGCUACUCCGUAGCCGAGGAGGCGGAGAGCGGCUCCGUGGUAGCCAACGUGGCGGAGGACGCGGGGCUGGCCCCGGCGCAGCUCUCGGCUCGCCGCGCCCGCCUGGCCUCGGAGGACGGCCGGCAGCACUUUCGCUUAGACCGCGGCACCGGCCGCCUCGUAGUGGCGGAGAGGCUGGGGCGGGAGGAGCUGUGCGGGCAGGCCCGUACCUGCACGCUCCCCUUCGAGCUGCUGCUGGCAAACCCCCUGCAGUUCUUUCGGGUCGAGGUGGCCGUGGAGGACAUCAAUGACCAUUCGCCCGUUUUCCCGGAGGAGCGAGUCACUUUUACGAUCCUGGAAACGAGCAACCCGGGCUCGCGUUUCCCGCUGGAGGGGGCUCGGGACCUGGAUGUUGGCAGCAACGGUGUCCAGGCUUACAGCAUCGCUCCCGAGAACGAGUACUUUAGUGUCUCCUUUGGGAGUCGGAGUGAGGACGACAAGUAUGUUGAACUGGUCUUGGAAAAGGCGCUGGACAGAGAGGAGCAGGCAGAGGUGGCUUUCAGUCUCAUUGCCACAGAUGGGGGCUCUCCGCCCAGGAGCGGGACCACCCAAAUCCGCAUUGUCGUUCUAGAUGUCAAUGACAAUGCUCCGGUUUUCACACAGAAGGUGUACGUUGGGCAGGUUUUGGAAAACGCGCCAGAGGGCUCUGUGGUUCUCAGCGUGGCAGCAAGCGAUCGGGAUGUGGGAGUUAAUGGGGACAUCACCUAUCAGUUCAGCCAAGCAGUGGGCCAGAGCCCCUCAGCAUUCGCAAUUGACCCCACGAGCGGUGAAAUUAAACUCAGGAAGCCUCUGGACUUUGAGGCGGCAGAGAAUCACGAGCUCAGUGUGCGGGCCACAGACGGCGGGGGCCUCUCGGCAAUCUGCAAGGUGUUGGUGGAGGUGGUGGACGUGAAUGACAAUGCACCGGAGCUGGUGGUCAGUUCCUUCAGCAGCCCCCUCCCCGAGAAUGCAUUACCUGGGACAGUGGUCGCCCUCUUUACUGUCAGGGACCGGGAUGCCGGUGCCAACGGGAAGAUCUCCUGUGCCCUUGAGGACCAGCUAUUGUUCUCCCUGCGGCUGGCCUAUAAGAAUUACUACGAGCUGGUGACCGUGAGCGCUCUGGACCGGGAGGAGACGGCUCGGUACAUCCUCACUGUCACGGCUGCAGACGCAGGGUCACCUCCUCUCACAACGACCCAGACCUUCACGGUGGACGUCUCCGAUGUCAACGACAAUGCACCUGUCUUCAACCAGACAUCGUACACCAUGUACGUGCGUGAGAACAAUGUCCCCACGGCGCUCGUUGGAGCCGUCAGCGCCUCGGAUGCUGAUGUGGGGCCCAAUGCCAAGGUGACCUAUUUCCUGGCCCCAGCCCACUCCGCAGAGCGGCCUCCCUGCUCCUGCAUCUCUGUGAACUCUGAGAACGGGCACGUGUUUGUGCUGCGGCCUCUGGACUAUGAGCAGGUGAGGCAGAUCGAGGUCUUGGUGAGCGCCUCCGAUGCGGGGUCACCUCCCCUCAGGGCCAACGUCACUGUCCGCCUUGUCGUGGUGGACGAGAACGACAAUGCGCCGCUGGUGCUGCACCCCGCGCAGGACAGCAGCCCACCCUCCAGCGAGCUGGUGCCCAUGUCGGCUGAGGCGGGGUACCUCGUCACCAAAGUGGUGGCCGUCGACGCCGACUCGGGGCAGAACUCAUGGCUCUCGUACCACCUGCUGAGGGCCACCGACCCCGGGCUCUUUGCGGUGGGUGCCCAAAGCGGGGAGGUGCGGCUGAGGAGGCCAGUGACGGAGAGAGACGCCGUGAAGCAGAAGCUCGUCGUCCUGGUGCGAGACAACGGGCGGCCACCGCUGUCGGCCACCGCGGCGCUGAGCGCACUCCUGCUCAAUGACUUCUCAGAUGUGCGCCUACGGCACAGCAGCCUGGCCACGGAGGACGAGGGCGGCUCCCUGACAACCUAUUUAAUCAUUUCACUGGUCUUCAUCUCGCUCCUCUUCCUCGCGUCCACAGCAGCCUUC